UGCCUUUUUUCUGUUGUUUUGAUCAAAUAAUUAUUGUAAUCAAUUGUAAUUAACAAUAGGUAACUAUAAAGCUAUAAAAAUUGAUACAUAAUUAUUAUUUUCCUACUGCUAAUUUUGUUAUCAUCAUGUCUGAGCAAACUUCUGAAGUUAAUUCUCAAAAUAUAUGCGGCUUGUGUAAUGAAAAGUCAAGCAAAUACUGCUGUCCACGCUGCAAUGUUUUCUAUUGCUCUCUGGACUGUUACAAGUCAGAGAAACACUUGACAUGCUCAGAAAGUUUCUAUAAAGACUGUGUCAACGAAGAAUUGGCUUCACAUCAGGCAGACGAUGAAUCCAAACGCAAAAUGAUUGAAAUACUCAAGAAAAUGCAAAAUGAAGAUUUAGGCAAUCCAGAUGAUAUCGAAGAAAUGUUACAAAACCUUGAUGAAAACUGUGAAGAUGAUGAACCGAUAGACUCGGAUGAUGAAGAAGAAAUAGACUUGCACGAUCGAAUAAAAGACUUAAAUCUUGACGAUCCAGAUGCAUUGUGGAAUGCGUUAACUACAGAUGAAAGGAAUGAAUUUGAAGCUCUCUUGAAUCAA